AACCUAAUCUUGUCAAAAAAGUUACAAAAAUUUGAAAUUUUAGAAGAGGAAAUAUUAUUUUUCAUCUCUUUGUAGUUCUAAAGAUAACUAGAUUCUCAAUUAUAUUUCUGCAAGGAGGAAAUAAACCUUGUUAAUUAUGAGUAGUGAAGGAAAACGUAAGAAAAAGCGCUAUGAGACCAGCUCAGAAUCUGAAGAUAUAGAUAGUGCAGAAGAAGCGCGUCGUAAAGAUUUGAAGGAAAGGGAUGAAUUUGCUGAUCGUUUAAAGAAACGGGAUGAACAUAAAACAAGAAAUAUUGUACAGGCCUCUGAGAGACGCGCAUAUGAGGAAGCUGCUAAACGUCUUAAGUUGGAAAAUGAAGAUCGAGAAAAGAUUAUACCAUCCCUUCGAAUUAAAUCCAGAAGAAAGUAUCUGGAGAAAAGAAAAGAAGACAAAAUUAUGGAACUGGAGGCAGAUAUUGCAGACGAUGAGUAUUUGUUUGAAGAAGAAAUCUUGACUGAAAGAGAACGAAAAGAAAGGCAGCAUAAAAAGGAACUGUUGAAGUUGGCGCAAGAACAUGAAAAGGCAAGAGAAUUGGAAAGGAUACAAAGAUAUCACAUGCCCAAGGAUAUGGGCGUUUCAGACUAUGUGGAAGUGGAUGAACUUGAAAAAAUGCCCCUGUCUGAACAGAAAAAAUGGGAAAAAGAUCAAAUGUCUUCAGCAGUGUUCAGAUUUGGAGCAAGGGAUGCUGUGAAGAAGGACGAAUAUGAACUUCUUCUAGAGGACCAAAUUGAAUUCAUACAAGCUCUGCAAUUACCUGGGACAAAACAGGAAAAAAAGGAACCAGAGCAGACAGAAUAUCAGAAGAAAAGAUUAGAUAUCGAACAAACUAAGAUAAGUUUACCAGUUUAUCCAUUCAGGGAUGAUUUAAUUCAAGCUGUAAGGGAUCAUCAAGUUCUCAUUAUAGAGGGGGAGACAGGAUCCGGUAAAACUACUCAAAUUCCCCAAUAUCUUCAUGAAGCAGGCUUCACAAACGAUGGUAAAAAGAUUGGAUGUACUCAACCGAGAAGGGUAGCAGCGAUGUCUGUAGCUGCCAGAGUAGCCCAAGAAAUGAACGUAAAGUUAGGCAAUGAAGUGGGUUAUUCCAUUCGUUUCGAAGAUUGCACAUCUGAAAGAACAAUUAUAAAAUACAUGACAGAUGGUACAUUACAUCGUGAAUUUCUGUCAGAACCCGAUCUACAGUCCUACAGUGUGAUGAUAAUCGAUGAAGCUCACGAAAGGACCCUCCACACAGAUAUCUUGUUCGGUUUGGUGAAAGACAUAGCCAGAUUUCGUCCGGACUUGAAACUCCUCAUUUCGAGUGCAACACUAGACGCUCAGAAAUUUUCAGAGUUUUUCGAUGACGCUCCUAUAUUCAGGAUACCUGGACGUAGAUUUCCCGUCGAUAUUUACUACACGAAAGCCCCGGAGGCUGAUUAUGUAGACGCUUGCGUGAUAUCAGUUUUACAGAUACACGCAACGCAACCUUUAGGGGACAUCUUGGUGUUCUUAACGGGUCAGGAGGAAAUUGAAAGUUGUCAGGAGUUACUGACAGAUAGGACGAGACGGUUGGGAUCUAAAGUGAAGGAGUUGAUAGUGCUGCCGGUAUACGCCAAUCUACCGAGCGAUAUGCAGGCGAAGAUAUUCGAACCGACGCCUCCGGGAGCUAGGAAGGUCAUCCUGGCCACGAACAUAGCAGAAACGUCCGUAACGAUAGACAACAUAAUUUACGUGAUCGAUCCCGGAUUCGCGAAACAGAACCAUUUCAACUCCAGGACGGGAAUGGAGAGCUUGAUGGUGGUUCCGAUCUCCAAGGCGUCCGCGAAUCAGAGAGCGGGCAGAGCCGGGAGGGUGGCCGCCGGCAAAUGUUUCAGGUUGUACACGGCCUGGUCGUACAAGCACGAGAUGGAGGACAACACCAUACCGGAGAUCCAGAGGAUCAAUUUGGGCAACGCGGUGCUGAUGCUGAAAGCUCUCGGGAUCAACGAUCUGGUGCAUUUCGACUUUCUGGAUCCUCCCCCUCACGAGACCCUGGUCUUGGCCCUGGAGCAACUGUACGCUCUGGGGGCCUUGAAUCAUCACGGCGAACUGACCAAGCUGGGCAGGAGGAUGGCAGAGUUCCCGGUCGACCCCAUGAUGGCCAAAAUGUUAUUGGCUUCCGAGAAGUACAAAUGUUCGGAGGAAAUUGUAACGAUUGCAGCGAUGCUUUCGGUGAACGGCGCGUUGUUCUAUAGGCCCAAGGAUAAGAGUAUACAUGCAGAUACGGCAAGAAAGAGUUUCAACCACAUCGGAGGAGAUCAUUUGAGCCUCCUAAACGUAUAUAACCAGUGGCGUGAUUCGGAUUACUCGACUCAGUGGUGUUACGAUAAUUUUAUACAACAUAGAUCUUUGAGGAGAGCUAGAGAUGUGAGAGAACAGUUGGUCGGUUUGAUGCAAAGAGUAGAAAUUGAGAUGGUUUCUAACCCAACAGAAAUAGAUAACAUAAAGAAAGCAAUAACUGCUGGAUAUUUCUACCACAUUGCUCGUCUAUCGAAAGGAGGAAAUUAUAAAACUGUUAAACACAAUCAGACUGUCACUAUUCAUCCGAACAGCGCACUGUUUGAAGAUCUACCACGAUGGCUUCUUUACCAUGAGCUUGUUUUCACAAGUAAAGAAUUCGUGAGGCAGGUGAUUGAAAUUGAAAGUAAAUGGCUGUUGGAAGUAGCCCCCCACUACUACAAACCGAGGGAACUUGAAGAUUCUACGAAUAAGAAAAUGCCAAAGACUGUUGGGAGGAGCACAAGGACUGAAUGAUUCUUGUAGUUCCAAUGUAUAUAUGUGAUAUUAAAAGGUUUUUUAAUGUU